GACAUGCAUCCCAAUUUAGAAUUUUCAUUAUUUUGUUUCCCAAUUUCAAUAUUAGCCAAACCCUAUCGUUCUCCUUCGUGUUCCUCUGAACUAGCCGCAAGCUUUGCCUCCUGCCCGCUUCUGGUCGCGCUCGACUGGUCGGCCCUGCAGCUCAACUCACCACCUCAAGCUUCGGCCUGUUUCUGCCCGCUGCUGGUCGUGCUCUUGGUCAGCUCUUCCGGCGAUUUUGGGGUUUGGCUGCCACUCUCUCGCUAGGUCACUGUCUUCCCUCUCUGGUCUCGCUCUCUUCCUCGUCUCGCCGGGGUGAGCUAUAGAUGAGUUCAAAGAGAGCAACUCUUGCAGCAGCGAAAUCUCUCAAGUCUAUCUCCAAGGUAUGUUCUUUGGAUCCAAUCAAGUGCCUCAGUCCGUUGAGAAACCUCAGCACUGCAGCUGAAAGAUUGGAUUCGCCCAGCGCAAAUGGCUAUUGUAAUGAUGAUUUGCCUGCCAAUAUUCAAAACCCUGACGGGGUCUGCUCCGAUUACCAAAACUCCCCUGGCGAUUUUCAGCAGAGCGUAAGCACUAGAAGUGGAUUUGGGAGGCACUCAGAUGGUCAAAACGGGAACUUUAGCGGUUACACUUCGAGCGGGUCUGGUGAUAACUCAAUUGGAGGUUAUAGAGAAAGCUAUGGAGGCGGUGAUUAUCAGAAUAGAAGAGCAGGGGAUAAUGCGAAGUUUUGGGACCAGUUUUCUAGUAAUUUGCAGCAGAGCUCCAGUGCAGUUCGUGGCCAGACUUCGAUGGGUCUUGAGCAGAAACCUAGGGGGUUUCAACAGAAUCAGAGCAGGGCGUCUGCUGGGAGUUUUGAAAAUGGGUCUCCACCGAGUGCAGUUAACGUGAAUGGAUAUGCAAAUGGCUAUCAGAGUGGGGUUUCGACUGGGGGCUUCAACAACCGGACUCAGCCGAGCACAGUUAACCUAAGUGGAUAUGCAGAUAGCUAUCAAAAUCAGAAUGUUGGGCAUUUACGACAUUAUAAUGAUGUUGCAAAGAGCAGUAAUUUUCAGAGCACUGGUCAGGUUCCGAGCAUCGGGCACGGGCAAAGCAUGUAUUCUCCGGGCAAUAGCCAUGGUCAGGGGUUUAGUGACGCAAGUCCUAGACCAAAUAGCUUCUAUCCCCAGGGCCUGCCGUCGACCUUGCAGGAACGUGUCGGAAAUCACCCGCAUAAUCUUGCUAGACCCCAAGAAAAUAUUGGUCAAAGCAUAUGGAAUAGUGGUAAUGUUCAAGACAACCAUAAUAUGAGCCAGCAAAGCCCUUAUCAUGGGCAAUGUCAGAUGAACCCAAAUUAUACUCAAAGUGGUUCGAUCUCUCCUCAAGCCGUGAACGGUUCUCAAUCAAAAGAGGAAUCUUCUGGUCCCGAAAGUACCGGCUAUGUAGGUUCUAUCGAGGAGUUUGAUGUAUUGUGCAGAGAAGGAAAAGUUAAGGAAGUGGUGGAAGUUCUGACAUUACUGGAAAGCAAUCAUAUUCUGUUGGAUUUGCCUCGCUAUGUGCAGUUGAUGCAGCUUUGCGGGGAUAAUGAAGCUAUCAAAGAAGCCAAAGCAGUCAACGAGCACAUCAUGCGAUGCAUAUCCCCUGUCAGUGUCUAUAUGUACAACCGAAUCUUGGUGAUGUACUUAAAAUGUGGUUCCAUAGAGGAAGCAUUUGCGGUAUUCGACAAGAUGGGGGAGCGCAACUUGACUACCUGGGACACCAUGAUCGCAGGGCUAGCAAAGAAUGGCCUCGGAGAAGAAGCUAUUGAUAUCUUCACAAAAUUUAAAGAAGCAGGAUUUAAACCUGAUGGGCAAAUGUUUAUUUCGGUAUUCUUUGCUUGUGGUGUUGUGGGUGAUGCGCAUGAGGGGAUGUUGCACUUUGAGUCUUUGGCCAAAGAUUAUGGCAUCAUUCCCUCUAUGGAACACUAUGCGAGUGUAGUGGACAUGUUAGGUAGAAUUGGGCAUUUGGAUGAAGCCUUAGAGUUCAUUGAGAGAAUGCCUUUUCAGCCGAGCAUUGAGGUGUGGGAGACUUUGCUGAACCUCUGUAGAAUCCAUGGAGAGAGAGAGCUUGGCGAUCGGUGUGCCGAAAUCAUUGGGGAGUUGGACCCAUUGCGCCUGAAUGAGCAGUCGAGGUCAGGGCUCGUGCCUGUGAACAAGUUAGAGAUGGCCAAAGAGGAAGAGAAGAAGAAAGCAGCAAAGAAGGACAUCUUAGCGGCUAGGAGCAUGAUUCAUGAAUAUCGAGCAGGGGACACUUCUCAUCCUAUGACAGACCAACUUUAUGCACAGCUAAGGAGGUUGAGGGUACACAUGAAGGAGGCAGGUUAUGUUCCUGAAACAAAAUGCGUGUUGCACGACGUAGACCAGGAGAGUAAAGAGGAUGCGCUCCUUGCUCACAGUGAGAGGCUUGCCUUUUCUCGAGGGCUUCUCGACACCCCAGCCCGAUCCAUGAUUCGGAUCAUUAAGAAUCUUCGAGUUUGCCCGGAUUGUCAUAAUGCACUGAAAUUCAUGUCAAAGCUCGUCGGAAGAAAAAUUGUAAUGCGGGAUGCCAAGCGGUUCCACCAUUUUGAAGAUGGGGAUUGCUCAUGCAAAGAUUAUUGGUAAUCCUUUUGAUAAUUUUUGGUGGGAGGAAAAUGACUCAAAGGGAGCUUAUUGUGAUGAUUAAAAGAAGCCCGUUGUGCCUCAUUGUGUCCAGGAAACCGAGGCAACGAUUGCAGGAACUGAGUUCCUGUGAGUUCUUGAGCUUGACAGUUAAAUUUUUCAAUGAUUUGUUACUUUUUGAUGCUCUAUAUGGAGUCUUACCUUUGAUGAUAGAGUAGAAACUGGCUUUUGCGACUGAUUUUACUUGCUCCUUGAGCCAGUCAUUGCAUCCGUUGAUCAGUUUAGUUUGUGUUGCACACAAGCUCAUAUAUAUAGACAGUAAGAGACAAUGUCUCGGUAAUAUGUCUAUCAAAUUAAUUUGUUUAUCGAUGGACAUGAUACUAUGAGCUCUUUAUAUGGAUAUGCACUUUUAUUCAAAAGGUUGAGAAGGUAAGGUACAGAGACUCAUAAAUAUGCAUGUGAUGUGAUCAGCAAUUGAUUCUAAUAAUAUAGAGUAAUUUGACUU